AGCCGCUAUUACGCGCUUCUGCACUUGCAUAACAGUGAUGAUGAUCACAGCUGUGUAAGGUCUGCUGCUUCUUGGGAUGAAAACCAACAGGUUUACGGUGGAAGAAACAAGGUUACGGGAGGUUAUUCUUUAUGUUUUUUCUAAAAAUGGUCAGAUUGCUGUUAUGUUUCAUCCAUAUGCUCUAUCGCGGACUUCAGGGAUAUAAUGUCUUUGUUUUGACUUUACAACGGCCUCCGUACUCCCAAACAUUUUCGUAGAGAGGUGUAAGCUUUGGGAAUCCUACCUAUGGAACUUCUAUCUUAUUGUCGCUGACAUCCAGUGUAACUCUAUGUUACUACAUCAACAACACUGCAGAUUAUUCUCCGGAGUACCAUGAAGUUACUCCCGAUGCAGACAUUUUGUCCGAGUGCAGUCUAAAUGGUAUGCGUCGCAAUGAUCCCACCAAUGCUAAGUCUGAAGCUCUCAUGGUUCAGUUUGAAAACAUGCUGGCAAAGUAUCAAGACCAACAUCUAUAUGACUAUCAGAUUGCUAAGACAAUAAUGACCAAUCCAACAAGAGCUGAUGAGGAUGACGUGCUGAACUCGGUUUUUGUCGACACUGUGGGAUAUGGAACAGUUUGCACUUCUUCCAUCAUGGUGAAGGACUUUAUAGUGAAAUUGAAUAUGUGGCGUUUGAGUUUUUGUGAAAGGUACAGGGAGGAAAAUGGGAAUUGGUCAGAGCAUCAUGAAAAUUUCUGUAUCGCUAAUGACUACAUACCCACUUGGCAGAGGAAAAUGUUGGAGGAGGAGAAAAAAAUGAAGGAAGCAGCCGAAGCAUCAACAAAGGCAGCUGAGUAUGUAGCAUCAGCAUCUACAUAAGAGGCCGUUCCACAGGAGAUGUCGGUGAAUCUUGUUGCAGGGAAUCCAAUGGAUGCUCCACAACAGUCCUAGUCCUUAUCCUAGAAGUCCUAAGAAUAAAUAUGUGUUUCUUAACCAAAAUCCGUAGGACGGUUUACGCUUGGUUCGCAAGGAAAAAUAAAUGUCAAGUUUACGCGGAUAAAUACGAAGUUUUGGAAGAUGCUUACGAAGAUCGGGAAAAAUAGAAUAUCUCCAUUUUUAGGCUAUGACGGUUUAAGGGCAGAAGGGGA